AUAUGUUAUAACAAAGAAGUAUAUAUUCACAUGACUUGGGAGACAGGAUCAGUUUUACAAUUGCAGACGUUUUCUGAUGAUGGCUGCCUUUUGUGUUUAUGCGGUGAUCUUGUCUUUGUACUUACAUGCACGUGAUGCAGACUCACGUAACGAAUCCAGAUGCUAUGGUGCUACGCUAAAUCUAUCAUGCGACAACGAGGUCAUCGCCCUAGACAACAUAUACGCAAUUGCGAAAAAACUGCCCUCUAACUGCCCUCCAGGUGGCUCAGCAGUUAGCCACACAUUGGCACAAUCUUGCUGUGAAACCUUUGUUAAUGAUUGCAAGAUAAACUACACGGGUUUAAGUGUUUCCGAUUACCACAAGGCAUGUUCAGGGUCAUCUCAUUGCCAAAAGCCGGCUGCAUGGCAGACUACAGAGUCAUGUGGCUCGGAUUUUCUAUCGCCAUCAACUUAUAUGGAAAUCGAGUACCACUGUGUAGAAAGCAGCACGGUACGCAUUCCGUCAAAUAACAUGACCAACGGGACGACAGUUUCAAUCCAAAAUGAGGUAUAUCCGUCAUCAGGACCACUUGGCACUGCCGAUUUGUGCAGCGUCACAGCGUCGAACAGUUCAGCCAUUGCUGUGUCAUUACUACAUCUAAAUAUUACCUGUCAGCAGCACAUUGACAUAUUGGAUGGUAGCUCUUGUGAAAGAAUUGAUUGUGGACACAAUACCAACUAUAGUUCUGGAACCGUGUACACCAGCAUCAACCAUGUCAUACAUGUGCGUGUAAAUCUCUCUGAUUCCGGGCGGUUUUGGAUUCAAUUCAAUGGUAAGAAAUCAACGUUAAACUCUCAUGCGAGCGUAGAACUUCUAUGUGGAUUGUCAGCACCACCAACAGCUCCGAGUGUAUCAUCCUGCCCGGACACGAGUACAACGAGGGUUAGCGCAACUGAGAAUCUAACAACAGCAUUGCCGAAUGUACAAGAGAAUACAGAUGCGACAACGAUGAUAAUUGAUGCGUCAUCCAAACCUAAACAAUCAACGUCGCCUCAUGGUGGCAUGAGUCUGGCGGCAGCAGCUGGUACGGGUAUAGGCGUCGUGGUGUGCGUCAUGCUACUUCCCAUUCUACUCUGUGUUCUGUAUAAAAAGAAGCACAGACUGAUGAAGGUAGGCAGACUUGAGCUUGCUGAUUCCCUUAGUAUAACAGGAACAGAUAUGAGCACCACAGCUCCCUCUUCAAGUCGACUUGCACCAAACUAGAGUUUCCAGGAACCGGAUUGACACAAACACCUUUGAUGACCAGUUCAGUACAACUAUUACCUUCUGUGCCAUCUCAGACACGUGCUGUCAACAGGUUACAAUAGAUAAGCAACCCAAUCGAUGUUAAUUAUGUUUGAAAUAAGGAGUGGUAUGAUGGGACAUAAUGACAAAAAACAAUCUGAAAAUCCGAACAAGUCAAGCAGAAUUGAUUUCCCUGGCCUCCGGUAAACACAUAAUAUGGUUGCUGGCAAAAGUUGGAAAUUCAAAGAAAAUCUCAAUUCACUGUGUACUUUCAUAUAAAAUAGCCAAAUUUGAAAUCGUAUCCUGUAUGAAUAUUAGGACGUUUAAAAAAAAAAUAAGAAUCUGUAUAUAUAAGAUUAUUUACUUAAACUUUAUUGACACUCUUUGCCGUUGAGUUUUUCACUGCUUAGUAGUCAUUAUGUCGCUGCAGGAUUUUGAUAAUAGUACAUAUCGUGCUAAAAAUACGUUUGAUUUUUUGUAAUAAUAUUGUAUAUCACCUCAUCAAUAUUACCCAAUUAUUGUAUAACAUGGUCGUAUUAUUAUUUGUAAGUAUAAAAGUGUUGAAAAUGAUAUUUAUUCCUUUGGUUGUUUAUCGGAUUAACAUGACGGCUUUCACAUCUAUACAAAUCUACGCAGACAUAAAUCAGCCUUACGUGUAGGCGUAAAACAGGAAGUUUUACUAUUACACCUACUUGUGUGCUACUUGUUAAAAUGUCAAACAGAAUAAUUGUAUUCCUGCUUUGGUAUUGGUAAAUAUAUAUCAUAUGAUUAGCCAAA